AUGAACAAGUCACAAGACAGCCACAACUCCGAAACGGUGCAUCUCCAGCCCGUGGGCGAGGCCGCUCAGCCAGGGUCCAAGGAGUGCGAGUCCGAGUACGACCCGCACGAGCAUCGCCAACUGUCGAACCCAACGAACAACUGGGAGACGCUGGUGCACCUUCUCAAAUGCAGUUUGGGCACCGGCAUCUUGGCGAUGCCGCAAGCAUUCGCUCGCGCCGGCUUAGUCACCGGCGUGCUGGCGACCAUCAUCGUCGGCGCCUUAGUGACCCACUGCCUCCACGUGCUGGUUCGAUCGCAGUACGCGGCAUGCCGACGCCUGAGAGUUCCGCUUCUUACCUACCCCCAGUCUAUGUCGGCGGCACUCGAAGCAGGACCGCCACCACUGCGCCGCUUCGCCGGUUCGCUCGCUACCACCGUCGACAUCUUCCUGGUCGUUUACCAACUCGGGAUAUGUUGCGUCUACAUCGUCUUCAUCGCUGAUAACAUAAAAAAGAUGGUCGACCCUUACUAUUCGAUGGCAGUCGAGUUCCACAUGCUUAUAAUCCUGGGCCCACUGAUCGCCUUCAACCUGAUCCCGAGUCUGAAGCUGCUGGCUCCAUUCUCGGCGCUGGCGAACGUGCUCACAUUCGUGGGACUGGGAAUAGUGGUUUACUACCUGCUCACUAACAAGAAGUCCUCCGCGCCACUGGACCUCUGGGGCUCACUUUCAACCUUCCCGCUCUUCUUUGGGACCAUCUUGUUUGCACUGACGGCAGUUGGAGUGGUCAUUGCCCUGGAGAACAACAUGGCCACUCCGAAGGCGUUCGGUACUCCGUGCGGCGUGCUGAACAGCGGCAUGCUGGUGAUAGUGCUGCUGUACGUGGCGGUGGGCGCGCUCGGCUACGUGUUCUGCGUGUCCGAGUGCAGCGACUCCGUCACACUGGAUCUGCCGCAGGGACCGCUGGCGACGAGUGUGAUCGCGAUGUUCGCGGUGGCCAUCUUCAUCAGCUACGGGCUGCACUGCUACGUGCCGGUGGAGGUGGUGUGGCGCGGCUACCUGCUGCCGCGCUUGCAGCGCUCGGGGGCGCCGCCCGCGCGCCUGCGCCUCGCCGAGUACGGCCUGCGCGUGGGGCUGUGCUUGCUUACCUUUGUGCUGGCCGUGGCGGUGCCUCGGUUGGGCCUGUUCAUCUCUCUAUUUGGGGCGCUGUGCUUGUCUGCGCUGGGCAUCUGCUUCCCGGCGCUGAUGGAGAUGUGUGUGUCGUUCCCGGACAAGUUCGGGCCGGGCCGCAUGCGCCUGGUCAAAGACGUGGCGCUGUUCAUAGUAGGAGUGGUGGGCCUCGUAGCCGGCACGUACACGGCGCUCGUCGGCAUCGUGCGCUCCUUCAUGCCGGCGGAGGCGCCGCCGCUGCACGCCUAG